AUGGCCAGCAAUGAUAGAGAAGACGCUGCUGGGGUGCUGCCCAAUGAUGCAAGUAGCCUUUCGAUCCCGCAGAAGCGAACCUGGUAUCGAACGACCUUGUUCAACGCCUUCGUGAUAGGCGCCGUGGGGUUCCUCGCGCCGGGUCUCUGGAAUGCGAUGAGCUCUCUGGGGGCAGGAGGAGCGCAAUCCCCGUACCUUGUCAAUGCCGCCAAUUCCUUAGUCUUUGGGCUCAUGGGAUUUCUCUGCCUCUUUGGCGGCCCAAUCGCCAAUCGGAUCGGACUGGCCUGGACUCUGUUCCUGGGAGCGAUCGGCUACCCAGUCUACUCUGCCGGCCUCUAUGCCAACAAUCGAUAUGGAAAUGAAUGGCUCGUCCUCGUUGGUGCUGUUACCUGUGGCAUAUCGGCCGGGCUGUUCUGGGCGAGUGAGGGAGCUGUCGCCCUGGGCUAUCCUGAGCCGUCGAAGAGAGGGCGAUAUAUGAAUAUCUGGCUUUGGUUUCGCACUGGAGGACCGCUGGUGGGAGGGGCUAUUGUGCUUGCUCUCAAUCACGACGUAAAUGCCAAGAAGAAGGGAAAGGUUGAUGCCACCACAUACCUUGUUUUCGUCGCCCUCCAGUGUAUUGCUGCUCCGGUAGCCUUGCUCCUCUCGCCACCUGAAAAGGUCCAACGAGCAGACGGGUCCAAGAUCAUAAUCAAAGCAGAGAGCAGCUUCAAGGCCGAAUUCAAAGCGCUCUGGAGCGCGAGCAACAGGAGAGACAUUUUGCUGCUGUUGCCAAUAUUCUGGGCAGCCUACUUUAAUCAGUAUUCGGGAAACUUUCAGACCUACUAUUUUGGUGUUCGGGCCCGCGCUCUUAUCGGCUUUGUGAGCAACUUUGGCACUCUCCUCUCCUCACAACUGAUCAGCACAUGGCUCGACUACAAGCGAGUGACUGUCAGGAAGCGUGUCACAUAUGCAUUUUAUUACGUUGUAGUGUGCCAUGUCGUCGCCUGGGUGUAUGGAUGGGUCAUUCAGGAGAAAUACACGAGGACGCAACCUGCCUGGGACUGGGAGGAUGCCGGGUUCGUUGAAGGUUUCUUUGUGCUCCUCCUUUGGGACUUUGCUCGUCAAGCGCUUCAGAAUUGGCUCUACUACUUUCUAGCUCUGAAGACGGAUAACAUCUCAGAGCUGAGUCGAUUUUCCGGUAUUCUGCGAGGUCAGGAGAGCUUUGCGCAAGCUGUGAGCUAUGGGCUCAACUCACAGGAAUGGAAAGGCGGAAGAGUUCCUCUAGCUGUCAAUACGAUUCUUCUGGGCAUUUCCGUCUAUCCAACCUGGCUUGCAGUUAAAGAAUUUGAUGUUGCAGAUGCUCACAGCGAUAAAAUAUCCUCGAGCGUUGAUGAAGAAAGCGGUCCCUCAGCAGCAAUCAUCACCGAAGGUAAUAAAGCGAAAAUUGCACAUUAUAGGGACCCAACCGCUGUCUAG